AUGAACCGUUUCUACGAAGUUCAGAACCUGCCCAAGAAUGCAAGCGCUCCUCGGGGCGCACAGACCCUCAGCUCGGAUCACAUGCAUCCCCGCGCCGCCGGGCCUCGCCGCCCCUCCGAGCGCGGCCCGAACCGGCCCGCAGACCCCGCUCCGCCCCGCCCGCCGCCGCCGCCGCCGCCGCCGCCGCCAUUCCUGCGCCCGCGCUCACCCGGCCGGGCACUACCGGGACGCGCAGCCAGGACGCGCCACGCCAGAGCCAAGAUUUCUGAAGACUCCGUCCUGGAAACGACUGAGGGGAGGUUCUGGAGGCACAGGAUACAGAAUUUCUUUGCGAAGCCAAAAGGAAGCACACAGUUUAAGAACCCGGUGGCCUUCCACGUUGGCGGUGGUGACCUCGCCCGGCGCCUGGGAAAUGCGGGUCCUCGGGGUUCGCACCGCCCACCAGCUCCGGGCUGUGCCGCCGGUCACAGCCCCCAGGCUCUGAGCAGCGUCCGCCGGGACACCCACCGCGGCCCCCAGGCCCACGAGCGUUUGCUGCCCGAGCCCCCUGUGCGGCGUCCACGCGUGAGGAUGCGCGCCCCUGUCGGGGGGCUGCUUGCUGCCCUCGCCAUGCUGUUUGGGAUGGCAGUGGCGUUUGCACCCAAACCCAGGAUCACCUGGGAGCACAGAGAGGUGCACCUGGAGAAUUUUCACGAGCCGGGCAUCUUCAACUACUCAGUGUUGCUGCUCAGCGAAGACAAGACCACCCUGUACGUGGGUGCCCGGGAAGCCGUGUUUGCCCUGAGUGCGCACAACAUCUCCGUGAAGCAGCACGAGGCAUACUGGAGGGUCUCAGAAGAUAAAAAAGCAAAAUGUGCCGAAAAAGGGAAGUCAAGACAGACUGAAUGUCUCAACUACAUCCGCGUGCUGCAGCCGCUCAGCGCCCACGCCCUCUACGUGUGCGGCACCAACGCGUUCCAGCCAUCCUGUGACCACCUGAAUUUAACAUCCUUUAAAUUUCUGGGGAGAAGUGAGGAUGGCAAGGGCAGGUGCCCCUUUGACCCAGCGCAGAGCUACACGUCCGUCAUGGUUGAUGGGGAGCUGUAUUCCGGGACAUCCUACAACUUUCUGGGAAGCGAGCCCAUCAUCUCCCGAAACUCGUCCCACAGCCCUCUGAGGACGGAGUAUGCGAUACCGUGGCUCAACGAGCCAAGCUUCGUCUUUGCUGACGUGAUGCGAGAGCGCCCAGACGGCGUGGACGGCGGGGAUGACCGCGUCUACUUCUUCUUCACCGAGGUGUCUGUGGAGUACGAGUUUGUCUUCAAGCUGAUGGUCCCACGGGUAGCACGGGUUUGCAAGGGGGACCAGGGCGGCCUGCGGACCUUGCAGAAGAAGUGGACGUCCUUCCUGAAGGCCAGGCUGAUCUGCUCGCGGCCGGAUAGCAACCUCGUUUUCAACGUGCUGCAGGAUGUCUUCGUGCUCAGGGCCCAGGGCCUGAAGGAGCCCGUGAUCUACGGGGUCUUCACCCCACAGCUGAACAAUGUGGGGCUGUCCGCCGUGUGCGCCUACAACCUGUCCACCGCAGAGGCGGUCUUCUCCCAGGGGAAGUACAUGCAGAGCACCACGGUGGAGCAGUCCCACACCAAGUGGGUUCGCUACAACGGGGCUGUGCCCACACCGCGGCCCGGGGCGUGCAUCAACCGCGAGGCGCGGGCCGCCAACUUCUCCAGCUCCCUCAGUCUGCCAGACAAGACCCUGCAGUUCGUCAAAGACCACCCUCUGAUGGACAGCUCUGUGACCCCGAUAGACAACAGGCCCAGGCUCAUCCGAAGCGAUGUGAACUACACGCAGAUCGUGGUGGACAGGACACAGGCCCUGGACGGGACCCUCUACGACGUCAUGUUUGUCGGCACAGACCGGGGCACCCUGCAUAAAGCGGUCAGCCUGGAGAAUGAGGCCCACAUCAUCGAGGAGACGCAGCUCUUCCAGGACUCUGAGCCAGUGCAGACACUGCUGCUGAAUUCCGAGCAGGGCGGAAGGUUUGUCUAUGCGGGCUCCAGCUCGGGCGUGGUGCAGGCCCCCGUGGCCUUCUGCGAGAAGCAUGCCACCUGCAAGGACUGCGUGCUGGCCCGAGACCCCUACUGCACCUGGAACCGGGCCACUGAGGCGUGCGUGGCCCUGCAGCCAACAGACAGCCCCAGCAGGGAUUUGAUUCAGCAGAUGAGCGGUGACACGUCCGCCUGCCCGGAUGAAACUAAAAGUUUCCGGCAGCAUUUUUUCAAGCAUGGUGGCACGGCAGAACUGAAAUGCUCCCAAAAGUCCAACCUGGCCCGGGUGGUGUGGACGUUCCAGAACAACGCGCUUGAGCCCAAGGGCCCCAAGUACAGCCUGGUGGGCAGGAAGAACUUGCUCAUCUUCAACCUGUCGGAGGGUGACAGUGGGGUGUACCAGUGCCUGUCGGAGGAGAGGGUCCGGAACAGGACGGCCCUGCAGGUGGUGGCCAAGCACGUUCUGGAGGUCAGAGUGCUCCCGAGGACCCCGGCGGCCUCCACCCUGCCGGCCGCCCGGGCCGAAGGGGACAGGACCCUCCUCAGAGUGUCGACGGAGCCCACCCCAGGCCCCCCGGCCCAGACCCCGGCCCCGCCGCCGCCCAGCCCCGCGCCCACCGGCGUAUCUUGCAGACCCAAGACCGUCAUCAACACGGUCCCCCAGGUGCACUCUGAGAAGACCAUGUAUCUCAAGUCCAGUGACAACCGGCUGCUCAUGUUCCUGUUCCUGCUCUUCUUCGUGCUCUGUCUCUGCCUCGUUUCCUACAACUGCUACAAGGGCUACCUGCCCAGCCAGUGUCUGAAGUUCCGCUCGGCUGUGCUGCUGGGGAAAAAGCAGCCCACGGCCGACUUCUCCGAGUUCGAGCAGAGCGUGAAGGAGACGCUGGUGGAGCAGGGCAGCUUCUCCCAGCAGAACGGGGGGCAGCCCAGGCCGGCCCUGGACACCGGCUACGAGACGGAGCAGGAUACCAUGGCCAGCAGGGUGCCCACCGACAGGGAGGACUCACAGCGGCUCGAUGACCUCCCGGCCCGGGACAGGCCCUUCGACGUCAAGUGCGAGCUCAAGUACGCCGACUCGGACGCGGACGUGGAUGCGGACUGAGGCGCCCGCGCGGAGGCCUCCGUUCACCGUCGGUCACCCGGCCCGGGGCCGCAUGGGGAGCCCAUGUCUGUGCACCUGUCUUCUGUGUCUUUUCUCUCGGGUCAAGCUUGUGAUUUGGUUUCUCUUUGUCCUUUUGGAAAGCGGCGAACAGCGCGUCCUGGCCUCCCGCGGUGGACCGCGGUCUGGGACGGGCCCGCGAGUGGUGGUGCCGGCUCCCUGAGCCCCGUCGUGGUGGCCCGCGGACCCCACGCCUGGCACGCCCCCUCCUCAGAGCAGUGGCCCCUGAAAGAGCAUUUCAUUCCAGAUUGGAAAUGGCAUUUUUGUUUAUCAGAUUGGUAACUUAGCACCUGUUGUCCAGAUUGGCACGAACCUUUUCUUCCACGGGAUUAUUUUGUAGGGCUUUACUUUUCUUGUGUUAGGUCAUUUAUUUUUUAAAUUACGAAAGCAGAUGUUUUAAUAUUUAGUAGAUGUACAUCUUCUGGAUUCUGUUGUUAUGUGAGGAUAGGAUAGAGCUUACGUUGCUUACGAUUCUCAGGGAUAAACUUACUUUGGCUAAAUGCGUUCUUUCUGCUUUUAGAAACGUAGACAAAACCAUCUCUUGAGCACACUUUUUUUUUUUUUUUUAAUUUUAUUUCUUGAGGGAAGUAUCAUUUUCAGAGAGAUUUUCUUUCUAUACUUUUUUUUUUCUGUUUUAACUCUUUCGAAGAAGAGAGGACGGUGGGGGGCUAUCCCGUGAGCCAGGCAGGGUCUUCAGGGUCUGUGGCGCCGCCAGGCCCGGAGCUGAGGGGGCAUGCGUCUCACGAUCAGAUGCCCACAGCUGCUGCUCGAAACCUCCCGUGCAGACGGACAACUGAACAGAGCUGUCCACACCUACAAGCGAGCUGGGCGGUGGUGGCCAGACAAGCCUGUGUCUCAGCACCCCACGGAGCCACGGGGUGGACCCGCAUGGCCUGGCGCGGCCUCUCGAGGUGCAAACGGGCGAGGCGGUUUGACCGCGGUGACGUCACACUCCACCUGCUGCUUCCCCAACACCUGCAAGAGGAGGCUCUCUUUCCGUGGCAAAGAGCAAUAAAAUGGAUUUCUGUGUCCCUGUGUGGACAGCGUCCCCUUCAGCAUGAUAGGACUCGACUGUCUUGGUGUAAACGUUUGUGUUUUAUAAGAUUUACUUUGUUUUUAUUUUUCUACUUUGAAUUGUAUACAUUUGAAAAGUAACCGAAUAAACGAGCAGCUUAUAUCCUU